UCUUUUUCGUCUUUCUGUUUUUGAAACGACUCGAGCGGUAAGGUAGUGCAAAUCUUUCCAUGGCAAUGCCUGCAUGAUUGCGUUUGGGCCAUCGUCCACUGGCUGCAUUGGAAAGCAAAAGCAAACAGCAGGGAGAGGCUGCGAGAAAGCGGGUUUUGGUUCUGGCCAGAGCGUGGUUGGAACGAUUUCGUUGCCUGUUUUCGUUGGCGGGAACAACGCCGAGCUUCGUGGUGGUUUCCGUUCUUCUGCCUCCGACAACAACAAUGCAACCGCCGCCGGCAGCCGCUGCAGCGGACGACGCCGUCCCCCACGCCGCCGAUCCCACCGAGGCCCAGCAAGCCCUGGCCUUCGACAAGACCACCGAAAAGGGCGCGGAGAAGGGUCUCUUCCGGGCCUGCAUGGCGUCCAUCCGGUCCGCCCACGUUUCGGCCAACCGCCUGCGGGCCGCCCUCGUUCUGUCCGGCCUCUUCACGGACCGGAAGGUCUACCGCGAGGCGAUCGCCCUGUUCUACCUCGCCACGGACGCCCUGGAGAAAAAGAUCGCCGCCCUGCACGAAACAGAGGGGGACGAGAUCUGCGGAAAGCUUCUGUCGCUCGGCUACCGGUUCGGCCCGCUGUACGAGCGGGACCUCUUGCACCUGUACGGAAGGGGCUGGAGGGCCGCCGUGGAGGCCGUCGCCGCGGGCGCCACGGACGGCGCGGGGGCCUACCUCCGGGCCAUCGAGGACAUGGCGAGCGGCGCCGAGCUGGCCGGGGCCGCCUUUUGCCUGUGGGGGGCCCUCGUCAUCGGGGGGGGUGCGGCGGCCGGGCCCCGGGUGGAGUCCCUGUGCGGGAAAGGGGCCUGCCACUUGUUCGGCCCGGUCACCGGGCCCGGCCGCGGGGAGCGCAAGAAGAGGUUCGUCGCGCUGUGGGACGGCCUGGCGGUUCCUUGCGAGAGUGGCAGCGGCGGCAACGACGGGGCCGGGAAGGACAACGACAACGACAACGACGAGAGCUUCGACCGGAUCGUCGCCGCCUCGAAGGAUUGCAUGCAGGGAAACAACGAGCUGAUCGUGUCCGUUCGGCGGAAUCCCUGGUGGCUGAAGUACGUGGCUUCCGUGGGAGUGGCGGUGGUCGCCUUUGGUCUUUCCUGCCUGCAUCGAGGGGGGGGGCCUGGCGGGAAGCCGUGAACGGCUGCUGGUGCGUGGCGGUGUAGAGGAAGCAAGUCACAAAGGCCUGCACAAGUCACGAUUGACAUUGGAUGCCGUGGACUCAUUGAAAAAAAUACACCCACACAACGGCAACCGAUCGACCUGAGGCCGUCCGGAACUGUUUUGUACUCUGAUUUUUAGCAUUAGUACUGCGAGUGCUCAUAAUAAUAGUACUAGAAGUCA